CAACAGACUUGCUCUAUAUAUACAAGCAGCUGCUGCUGUUCCACUGAACUCUGCAUCGCCGCCAGCCAGACAUGGGAAAGAUCAUCUUCUUUGAGGACCGAGGUUUCCAGGGCCGUUGCUACGAGUGUAGCAGUGACCAUGCUAACCUCCAGUCCUACUUCAGCCGCUGCAACUCCAUCCGAGUAGACAGUGGCUGCUGGAUGAUUUACGAGCUCCCCAAUUACUCUGGGCACCAGUAUUACCUGAGAAGAGGAGAGUAUCCAGACUACCAGGAAUGGAUGGGCUUCAAUGACUCUAUCAAGUCCUGCCGGAUAAUCCCUUAUACUGGCUCCCAUAGGAUGCGGCUGUAUGAGAGAGAAGACUACAAAGGUCAAAUGAUGGAGCUCACCGAUGACUGCUCUUGUGUCCACGAUCGCUUCCAUCUGAAUGAAAUAUACUCUCUCAAUGUCUUGGAUGGCUGCUGGGUCCUCUAUGAGAUGCCCAACUAUAGAGGAAGGCAGUUCCUGCUGAGACCUGGCGAAUACAGAAGAUACCUGGACUGGGGAGCCAUGAAUGCCAAAGUGGGCUCUCUGAGAAGGGUCAUAGAUGUGUACUAA